AGGAAGCUAUCAAAAACUUGUCACACAACUGAAACCACUGUUAUCUUCUUCACAAAUCACACCCACAGGCCACAGCUGCCGCCAUUUUUUAGCAAAAUCCAAGCUAAAAUGUUAUCCUCUUCUUCUUUAUGUUCAAACCCACAUCUCUAUCCUCUUCAUUUCCGCCCUCCCAAUCCCAAUUCCAAUCCCCUCUCCAAUCUCUUCCACAAACCCAAUUAUACCGCCGCCGUCGCCGUCGCCUCCGCCGCUCUCUCCGACGACAUCCACCCGGAACCACGAAAACACAACUCCAAAUCCGCCGCCCUUCUCAGCCACUACCUAUCCUCCGGUGACUCCCCGAACCCAGAAAAGCUACAGCCCCCUUUACCCGAAGAGGAGAAAGUGAAGCUUCUUGAACUCUCGCUUGUGACAAAGCGAACCCCUCAAUUUCCUGGCUCCAUCUACGUUCAAUCCCCGAGUCAUGAUUCCAAUGUGGAUUCCUCUCUGCAAUCUCGGUUUCGAAAUGGGGGGAGCGAGUUGGACGUGGAAGAUGACCGGAGAAUUAUCAAUCGGGCUCUGGAGAUCCGCCGGAAGGUGACCUCGGAGAUUCUUAAGGAGGCCAUGCGGAAGGGGAAAUUUGGAAUCACCUACGCCACCAAUUUGCUUGCUUGGUUGCCUGAUUUCAUUGAUUUUGUGAUGAUUCAAGCUGCAUCGAUGAAGCAGUCGCCUGAAUUUUCUCGUUUAUCUUUCAGUGUUCGUGCCAAGACCGUCAUUGAAGAUUCAAAUGUGGUGCCACUUAUCAGGUGGUUGAAGCAUAACUCAUUGUCAUAUCCACAGAUAGGAAAGCUCAUUUGCAUGUCAAGGGGAAAGCUUGAAUCCAUUAGACGUCUGGUGGAAUGGCUGAAAGGGAUUCAUGUGAAGGGGGGAUAUCUUGGACUUACACUCACGAAGGCUGGAGGGAAUAUAUUGGAACGAAGCAAUGAGGAAUUAGAUGAGAUUGUGGACUACUUAGAGAGCAAUGGAGUUAGAAUGGUUUGGAUGGGGUUUGUCAUGAGUCGAUGUCCUUACUUGUUGUCUUACAGCAUGGAAGAAUUGAGAACUCGUGUAGAGUUCUUCUUGAAUAUGGGUAUGAAUGAAAGGGACUUUGGCACAAUGGUUUUUGAUUAUCCCAAGGUGCUUGGUCAUUAUACUGUUGAAGAUAUGAACCGAAAGGUCAACUAUUUAAAGGAGUUCGGCGUUGAGAUUGAGGAUGUAGGCAAAUUACUAGCAUAUAAACCACAAUUGAUGAACUGUAGCAUUGAGGAUAAAUGGAAGCCUCUUGUCAAGUACUUCUACUACCUUGGAAUUUCUAAAGAUGGUUUAAGGAGGAUGCUUACAAUCAAGCCAGUAGUCUUCUGCCUUGAUCUGGAGACAAUCAUUGUGCCAAAGGUGCAAUUCUUCAAGGACAUUGGAGUUCAAGAUGAUGGGAUUAGUAAUAUGCUUGUGAAAUUUCCAUCAUUAUUGACGUACAGCCUCUACAAGAAAAUCCGUCCAGUUGUCAUAUUCUUGAUGACCAAAGCAGGAGUCAGGGAGAAAGACAUUGGGAAAGUUAUAGCUUUGGGACCAGAACUUUUCGGUUAUAGCAUUGUGCAUAAGCUUGAGGUUAAUCUAAAGUACUUUUUGUCGCUCGGGAUAAACGCCCAAAAGUUAGGGGAAAUGAUUGCUGAUUUUCCUAUGCUGCUCCGAUACAAUAUCGACAUUCUUCGACCGAAGUAUCAAUAUUUGCGGAGAACCAUGGUCCGCCCUCUGCAAGAUCUUAUAGACUUUCCGAGGUUUUUUAGCUAUUCUCUCGACGGGCGCAUUAUCCCGAGACAUCAGGUUUUGGUCGAGAAUCGUAUGAAUUUCAAUUUACGUUCCAUGUUGGCUUGCACGGAUGAAGAGUUUAAGAACAAAGUUGCAGAUAUUGUGGAAAAACGUCAAAGAUUUGAAUCUGGUAAUGUGGAUGGUUCUCUCUCUACUGUCCUUACAACCAGUGAUUUGAUAGAUUCGAGAACACCAGAUGACUUUUCUGGAGAAAAUGAAGAGUGAUUUCAUGGUUGAAAUCUCAGAACUUUCUCCCCCACUUGAGCUUAUGGAACAGAAGAAUAACUUGCGACAGAAACAAGGUAGACAGUAGGUUAGAAUGAAACAGUGCUGAUUGACGAGUUCAAGAUGAUAUGCAGCACAGCGAUUUCACAACGAAAAGGCUGAAAGAAAUAGGAGGACCUAGUUAAAUCAGCAAUCUCAACUCAAAGGCAAGGGUGGAAACUACUGUGGCUCCAAGGUAUCACCUAUCUGGAUGAUAUCAACAUCUCUCUUAGUGUAAAAAGAAUGUGGCACCUUCUCAUUGUAAUGUAAAGAAAACAGUGUACAUCGACGAGAAGGAAAAAAAGCUUCUUUGUGAAGCAUUGAAGCUGCCCCUGAAAGUAGACACAAAUGCUCGUCUCUAAUAGGAAACGAGAGUUUUACCUCUCAAGAGAAAAUGCCACAACUCCAUGGAUAUAAGAUUAUUCUUUCAAUACUUUCCUCCUAAAACAAAGGAUCCAAGGUUGACUUAAUGGUCGGGAAUUCUGUACGUAAGCUGCCUCAAGUUUGUUGUCAUAAAUAUCUCCAGAUUAUGUCAGGUUCAGUGUUGGCUGAGCAGGCAACUCAAUUUGAUUGAAACAAGAAUAGCUUCUAUUAACAAAAAUGUCCAAAUAACGAUAUUCAAUUACAAGCCCAAACCGAACAUAGUUCAACUAGUUAAAAACAUAUAUCUCUGAUUAAACAGUUGUGAGUUUGACUCCUUAAUUCUAUGUACCGGAAAAAAAUGCAUAUAAAUGCCUUACAAUUUAAA